AUGAGUAAGAAAAAGACAUCUUCAACAUUAACGCGUAAAUUUGCUGAACGAUUUUCAUCAUCAUUGCAUAAAGGUGUUGGACUAUUUUCAUCAUCAUCGUAUAAAGAUGUUGAACCAUUUUUAUCAUCGCAUAAAGAUGUUGAAUCAUAUUCCUUGCUUGUUGAUUGUAGUUAUGAUGAACAUACCCUAAAAUUGGUCAACCAAUUCAGUGUAAACAGUAAAAAAUGUGAAAAACACAAAUAUUCAUUUAAGCUCUGUUGGAUUGUUGUUGGACAACCAAAAGAUUUUGACUUUGAUAUGGAAAAUUGUCCAAUAAUUCUAAGAAGCUGCAAUCUAAGGUUUGAAAAGGGAAAUUUGAAAGGAAAUAAAUUUAUACAAAUUGCUAUUAAGGAACUUUCGGAUUUUACAGAUAUUAAAUAUGGACAAAUCCUGCAUUUUGAGUACUUGAGUGUUAAAAUCAAGUUCAGAGGAUAA